AUGCCGAAGUCGAAGAGGGCCCGAUUGCACACUGGCCAUGGAGGUGGCAAUCCAAAAAAACCUCGUAAAAUGCACACCUUCUCCAAGCUUUCGAGUACUAUUCCUUCAGCGUCGUCUUCACCUAGACAGAAUGCUGGCAAGAAGAACCCUUUGCGUCAACGGCCGAUUAUUCCCUUUAGGAGAAAUGAUCGAAUUCUGUUAGUCGGAGAAGGUGACUUCUCUUUUGCCCGCUCUUUAGUUGACCAGCAUUGCUGCAAGAAUGUCUUGGCUACAUGCUACGAUUCUAAAGAAGUAUUGUACAGCAAGUAUCCCCAGGCCGAACCAAAUGUUCGUGGAAUUCUUAGUGGCGCCCCCAAGAGGAAAGACAAUACCUCGAACUCAAGUAUCGUUAUCGAACUAGAGAGCCAAAACCAAAGUCAAAACCAAGAAUGCUACCUUGACGAUGAUUAUGAGAGACAUGGAGGAGGGGGCGAAAAAGGACUAGAUCAAGACAAACCAAGACAACGUCGCCGGUCCAACGUCCUUUUUUCAGUCGACGCUCGGAAACUUGGUCACGCUUCUGGAGGAGGGAAAGAAGUACGCUUCGGACUCCCUCGCCAGGAACGUAAACGCCCUGCAUGGCAAGACGCCAAGAAGAGCAGCGGCACUGCAACCCUCCCCUCAGCCAGAGGUGGACCAUGGGACAUUAUUUGCUUCAAUUUUCCCCAUGUUGGAGGCUUGUCUACCGAUGUAAAUCGACAAGUUCGUGCCAACCAAGAACUUUUGGUUUCGUUUUUCAAAACUUGCGUACCGCUGCUGUCGUCUCGUCCCGAAACGAGCGACAAUGUAAACGAGGAUGGGUGGGACUUUAGCACCGAAAGCGGAUCUGACUUAGAUGAUGAGGAUAACGCUGAUAUGCUGGGCUCGCAAAAAGACAUGGCACAAGAGAACAGACGACUCCGGAAUGAGCCUGGUCAGAUCAUAGUCACACUAUUCGAAGGAGAGCCGUACACUCUUUGGAACAUCAAGGACCUCGCGCGCAUGCUGGUCUAA